AUGAAGGCAUACAAGCCACACUUUCAUCCAUCGUUCACCAUUUUACCGCAUCUCCACCUGCACAACCAACACAUGUCUUCCAUUCCACAACGCAACCCCCUUCCCAUUGAGGACGGUCACCAUCCUCUAGAACUCGACACCGGCAUACUGGAGGAUGGCGAUUCGACAGACGACGAGCAGUUUGCGCUCCGUUCUGCCAUACAGAACUCGCUGCAGGAUGCCAACAUUCAGUCCGCAUGUCUUCAGCAUGCGGGCACAUGCGACUGCGCCCCAGGACCUUCGUCCGCUGCUCAAGCCCUUGCGCAGGCGAAGCGCACCAAGUCUAAGGCAACAGACGAGACGGAUAAUAUUCUUCUGGAGGCGAUAGACGACUUUGACCCUUUGAACAAGUCCCGAAAGGACGUUGCGGUCUGCUGGGAAAAGGUAGCAGAUUCCUGUCGCACUCGAGGCUCGAUUGUUUUGAGGAAGACGGAGAAGGCCACCCAUUUUGAUGAUGCCACCGGCAAGUCUGUGAGGCAGAGAUGGAUGCAGUUGAGGAAGGAUUUAGAUCAGGCUAAAGCAGCGAGGACCAGACGUCCAACAGGCACGGUUCAGGCUGAUUUGUCGGAAAAGUUGCGGACAGUGGAGGCCCUCGUGGACAGAGAGGAAGGACAGAAGACCCAUGCCCAGCACAAAAAGCAGCAGGAGAUGGAGAAGCGUCGUCAAAACUAUAUGACCGGGAGGAUGAUGGCAAAGCAGUCAAUGAGCACAAACCGGGGUCUCCACGGCACCUCUGCCACCUCCGACGCAACCGACUCGGACAUCACGUCGGAUAGUAGUCAGGAACGUGUGCGAUCUCCCACCUCGUCGAUUCCCUUCUCCGGCCGCAGCAUCAAUACCCUGUUCAGUAACUUUGACUUGACCAGCACUAUCCAGGAUAGGAUGGCAGAGUUCAACAACAUGGUCGUGGAGAUGAGGGAGCAAGAACGAGUAAGGCACGAGGCGUCGCAGGCGGAGCUUCGUCACAUUAACAGCAGCAUUGCAAAAUCUCUGGAGUCAGCUCAAGAGGAUCGAAAAAUCUUGCAGGGCACACUUGACAGACUAAUGAACACCCAGGAAUCGAUGGCGCAACUGCUGUUGAAGAUGAACGAAAAAUAA